GUCCCUCAAUAAAUUAUAUUAUGAUUAAUUCCAAACAACCCCAAUGGACACUCCCUCCAUUAGGUAUCUUCUCCAUCUUCAAUUUCUCCCAUCAAAUUUUCCUCUCUAUAUACCUAUUAAAACCUCACUCUCCAUACAGUUUAAUCAGUUUAUUUUACCCAAACCCCAAGAAAAAAGAGGCAAAAAAAAAAAAAAAAAAAUGUCACUUCUGAAAAGUGAAAAAAUGACAAGACCAACAAGGUGGAGUCCAACUCCAGAACAACUUAUGUUCUUGGAAGAAAUGUAUAGGAAAGGUUUAAGGAACCCAAACGCUACACAAAUACAAAGUAUCACUGCCCAUUUGUCUUCUUUUGGGAAAAUUGAGGGGAAAAAUGUGUUUUAUUGGUUUCAGAACCACAAAGCUAGGGACAGGCAGAAGCUUAAGAAAAAACUCCUUGCCCAAAUGAACCAACAACAAAUUUUAGCUCAAUAUCCCAUUGAUGCUCAUAGAACUACUACUACUAAUAAUUCCUAUAACACAAACACAAAUGAGCUCUAUCACUGCCCUACUGAUCAGCACCCUCAAUAUUCUUCUUGUGGUGCUAAGCAAAUAUGCCCUUUUACAUCUACUGGACUUCUUCAAGAGCUUUUAAUCGUUCAGAGGCUCUACGCAAAGGGGAGGCAUUAGUUUGAUUGUUCGUGGCACCCACUCGGCAUUGAGGUAGGUUACGGUCUACUUUAGUUAGACUCUGAUUAGAGAAUCGUAUGUAGUUGUAGAAAGUGACGGGGAUAGCAUGAUAGGCCUUCGGGCAUGAAGUGGAGGUGAAUUCCAAUUAGGUUGGUUUUGUCAGCUGUUAUGUGGGCUUGUUGCCAAAUGUGUUAUUUUUGUGAUUAUCACUUGCUUGUAUCUUCGUCACAUACUAGUUCACUCAUCACAUGAAAAGGAAUGGUAAUAUUGAUAAUUGAACAGUGGACAGUAAUAUGACUUGUACUUGUUGAUUUAUAUUGGUGAUAUUGUUGAGACUGAUAUCAUGCAUGGCAUGCUUUCCAUAUUAUUGUUGUGAUGA